CCGCUGCCCGCUCGCCUCGCCCGCCGCCCCGCGACCAUGGCCGGCUGGCAGAGCUACGUCGACAACCUGAUGUGCGAUGGCUGCUGCCAGGAGGCCGCCAUUGUGGGCUACUGCGACGCCAAGUACGUCUGGGCAGCCACGGCCGGCGGCAUCUUCCAGAGCAUCACGCCGGGRGAAAUAGAUCUGGUUGUAGGAAAAGACCGUGAGGGUUUCUUCACCAACGGUCUGACCCUUGGUGCGAAGAAGUGCUCUGUGAUCAGAGAUAGUCUGUAUGUCGAUGGCGAUUGCACAAUGGACAUCCGGACAAAGAGUCAAGGUGGUGAGCCCACGUAUAACGUUGCUGUAGGCAGAGCUGGACGAGUCUUGGUCUUUGUAAUGGGCAAAGAAGGGGUCCAUGGAGGCGGAUUGAAUAAGAAGGCAUACUCAAUGGCAAAAUACUUGAGAGACUCUGGGUUCUAGUUGUUAGGCAGACUGUUAAGUAUUAGGGGAAGAUUGCUAUUAAACUUUCCUGGCGGUGAGCUUUAAACCUUACAUUCUGGAAACUUUACUAGCAAUGCAGGGUGAUGGGGUAUGAACCUGUGUCUCCUUUGUAUCCCUUUGUUGGUGGGGAAAGGUGUUUUUUGKUUUUUUUUUUUCCCUUUAAUUCUGUUCAUUUCUGUUUUGUUUCCUUGUGUACUCCAGCAUUGGUUAUAGUCAUGGGAAAAGAAGGUGUCCAUGGAGGGACACUCAACAAGAAAGCAUUUGAACUGGCUUUGUACCUGAGGAGCUCUGAUGUCUGAGCAGCCUCUCCCCAUCCACUAGCAGCUGUCUGCACCACCACCCGCUUGUGCUCAGUGCUACCAGCCUCUAGAUGGUAGUUUGUGUUGGUUUUUUGUUUUUUUAUUUCCCCAUUUCCCAGUGUCAUAACUGCAGUUCCCCCUUGUUGAUCUCUGUAACCAGUGUAGGUAACCGAGCCCAGCUGGCACCACCAUGAUAUGCAUGAUAAUAACUGGGGAGGGGGGAACACGCCAAGUGUAGGCUCUGCUUUUCUUAGCAAUUAGUGUGAUAUUGGCAACUAAACCGACUGAGAUACUAAACAAGGUGCCGAGUGUGUACAAUCUAAUUUGAUCGAUGCCUCUUCAGCACUUUGAGCGAGUCACAGCUCACCAGUCUUCCUUCACAGAGCAUGGUUGGGAGGAAAAAAAAGUACAUGCAUAUCUUCACUUGUGUCCCUCUCUUGGUUUCUGUUUUUUAAAGCCGUGUGUUUGCUUACACCACCCCUGUUUAUAGUGCCUGCUUUGUUUAACCGAUUUGCCACUCAAAAGCUGUUCAUGUCACGUUGGUUUUGUCAUUGCACUUCACCAGCUCUGAGUGUCUCUGCUUUCUCUCGAUGAUGUCUGAAGGUUGUAGUGCAAUCACAAAACUACAAAAGGGUACAGAUGCACUUCCUGCCAUGCCCUUAGAGCACCAUCCUAGGGAUUCCCCAGACAUUCCAUCAUUGCAAUAGCUCAGGCACUUUUUUUUUUUUUGCCAGCUCCUGUUCUGUAGUUGACUUGUGCAAGGCUGCCACCCUUGGCCUGGCAUAACCAGCUGGAGUGUGUCUGGUUUCAGUUUCUCAUAGGACCAAUUUUMAUUUGCAGCUUGGGGGUCGGGGAGGGAGGCGGGACGGGGGGUGUUGUUUUUGUUUUUUAAUAUGAAAAACUGCAAUGUCAUUGUGGAAAACUGCCACCUUCAGCUAUCCUGGGAGCUCUGACUGGCUUCAGUCUUUCUGCCAGAGCGCUCGGUGGCGCAGAGUUUGGCUGCUCUGAAGCCACUGUCUGGAUGAAGGUCAGUAGUUUGUAAGCUAAACUGUCAAAAUACCAUUUCAAAUUUAAAACAAAUCUUCAUUUGGCCUGUCACACCCUUGCUGCAGAAACGAUGGAGUGAGCUGCCUUGUGCACGAGUCAUCUGAAAUGUCUGUAACCCAACUCAGUUCAGGCMCGGCUCUGAGCUGCGUGUCCAUUGYGAGAACUGCAGAACUCUGUAUGCUAAAGAAUAAACGGGAGAUGGGAGUGGUUGGAAUAACUGACUUGGCUGUCUUGUGAUGAACUUUUUAAUAUGUAUUCUGUGCCAUACUAUUGUUAAAAAAAAACAAAAAAAAAAGAA